AUGGCUAUGAUUGCAUUUAUCUGCUUACUCGCUUUGUCGAGCUCAGCUUUCGGACGAUAUGCUGAUUCAUAUGGAUCUGCACCACUUACACGAACAACUGUUAUGCGUGAUUUACCAAUUCAAAGCAACUACGGAUCAAGCUUCGAAACAGUUCAACGAGACAUUCAAUUAACACCAACAACACCAAUUGAAAAACCAAUCUCAAGUGGUUAUGAUUCAUACUCAGCUCCACGCAAAAUGAUCGUUCCACAACAAGAACAAUCAUAUGGCAAACAAGUCUUCCAAUCACGUGUCUUCCCAACACAAUCAGAAUUAUUAGCUCAACAAAACGAUUUAUUAAAAGCUAAAAUCGCUGAAUCAACCAUGCCAACUGAAGCUGAUAACCUCUGUCGUGGUCAAAUUGCUGAUACCGUCAUCCCAUUAGAUGGUGGUCGACGAUUCAUUGUCUGUCUUGGUGAAAGCAAAGGUUAUGAACAAUUCUGUCCAAAAGGUCUUUUAUAUCACCCAGAACAACGCCGAUGUGAACGUAAAUUGGGUCCACUCGAAAACUUCUGUUCUUCAUCACCAUGUCUUAACAACGGUCAAUGUAUCCCAACUGAUGGUUCAUUCAAAUGCCAAUGUGCCACAGGUUUCGAUGGUCGUAUCUGUGAAUUAGAUGCUACAGUUUGUCACACACAACAACCAUGCGGUACAUCAUUCGACGCUAAAUGCCAAUCAUUCCGAUGGGAAGCUGCUCUUACACACAUGUGUAUCCUUCAAGGUGGUCGAUCAUAUGGUCUUACAUCAAGCCAAGUUCACCCAAGCCCAUGCAAAGGUACUGAUGGUACAUUCCCAUUAGCUUUCAGUGAUAAAGGUUUCAUCAUGUGCGACGGUGACUCAAUGUUCGUUGAAUCAUGCCCAGGUGGUACACUUUGGGAUGACAUUAACAAAUCAUGUGUCUGGCCAGACCUUGUCGGUGUUAUCGGUGCCUCAUUCGAUGAAACACCAAAAAUGACAUCGUCAUACGGUUCAUCAUACAGCACACCAUCAUUCGAACAACCAAAAAUGACAUCAUCAUACGGUUCAUCAUACAGCACACCAUCACUCGAACAACCAAAACUCUUCCGUGAUGUUCAAGUUAAAUCAUCAUAUGGUGCCCCACUUCAACAAAAAACAGUCUUCCUUCAAGAUGAAACUCCAGUCACCAACUACGGAUCAAAAACCGAAUUCACAUUCCCACAACAAGAUCGUAUUGAAACACCAGUUCAAUCAUACUCAUCAUACUCCGCUCCACAAAUGAUCAAACCAAAAUCAUUCUUACCAAUCCGUCAACAAGAACAACGUGUUCAAUCAAACGGUUAUUAA